AUGACAGAUGAUGGAUUUGCUUUGGCAGAUUGUGAUCGAGUUGGGAACUUCUUUGGUCAGGAUAACGUAAUCCUGGCAAAGGGUAACCAACCACUCCAUCGGGAAAUUGGGAACAUUGAGAAUGUCACCGAAGUUUCAAAUGACGUUAACAUUUUUGGAAAAAGAGGAAUUGAUAGUAAUCAACUAUCUGAUAGUAACGAAUACAUCAUUAAUAGCAAAAGAUACCGAUUGCAGUACGACGAAUCGUUAAAUAAUUCAAAUGGAGGGCACUCUCGUUCAGAUCAUAGUAGGAGCAAGGAUCUUAGCAAUAACGUUACCAUCAACCAAAUGGAUAUGACUUUGCAUCAAGGCGGAUGUGAUGAUCGGGCUUCUGUUAACGAAGUACCAAAGCGCAGCAUUUGGGAUCCAGAAAAAUACCGUGAUGAUAAGGGCGUUGACAUGAGAGGUUCGGUUCUCCGAGAUCCUGUUGAUGGCAAUCAUCACAUUAAAAACAUUUCUCAUCUUUCAUGUCAUGGUUCAACUUCUGAUGAUGAUAUGAUACCAAAAGAAAAGAUUGUCCAUAAUGAAACCCGAAGUAGUACGAACUUAAAUAAUACUGGUAUCAAUAUUAGAGAAAAAUCUUUUCUCGGCAAUUUUGAAAAAAACGUAAAACCAUAUUCCAAGAAGGAUGAAAACGGACGUAGUAAUUCAUAUGUCGGAAAAGAAAUGGGUGCUGGAAAUAAAUCACCGUUGCAAGGUAAUAUAGAACAGAAUGAGAAAUCGGAAGUGAAAGUUAUUCAUCAAAACAAUGUAAUUAAUGAUGACGAGAAAUCAGAAAGUAGCGAGAGCGACGAGAGAUCAGAAAGUAAUGAGAGUGACGAAGAUUUGGAUAGUGACGACGAGCAUGGUCAUUUAGUCACCAACAAAACCGUUUUAGCAGAUCAUGCAACCCUCAACAAAGUGGUUAAGAAUGACAACUCUGAUGAAUUGGACGAUAACUCUACGGAUAGCGUGAACAGUAGUGAAAAUGAUGGUGACAUAGAGAGCAAUGAGGAAUUGCCGGCAACUAAUAUGAAUGUAGAUGAAAAUAAUUUGACGGCGUAUAGUAAACAAGAAGACAAUGAAGAAUCCAGUAGCGAGUACGACGAUGAAAAUGAGGAAGAUGGUAAUGAAAUAGAAAUAAUUUUUGAAGAAAGCAAAGAAGAAACAACUGAAGACGAAAGUUCGAACAGUGAUGAAAACAUGCGUAUUGAAGAAAACAGUGCUACCCCUCAAAAAAUAAUAAAUAGAGGAAAAGAAACGGUAAGUAAAGAUGGAUCAUAUGUGUCUGGUGACGGCAGAUCACGAGAAAUUGAGGUGGGAGAUGAAGUUAAUAGCAUUCAGAAAGAUAGUUCUCUAAACAAAGAGACUGAACUCGAUAGCAGAAAAGCUGAAGAUCAGAAUAUACCGAUAGCUAUGGUCAAUAAUGGGGAUUCCACGUCUGAAAAUAUUUUGAAAAGUAACGACAUUGAGGUUAAUCAGAGUUUACAAUUUCAUGACCGCAUAACGGACCAGGAACAUCAGAGCAACAAUAUUCCUACAAGUUCGGUGGUGCUUUCUGACAGUCAAGUUGACAUGAAUACCAAAGAAAGUACCCACUCACAGGACUCUAAUAAUAAUGUCUUUGCUCACACGGGUGUGGCUGAUCAUGUUGACCUUAAAAAUUACUCUCAUGAUCUUUCUAUUCAAACCAAAUGUCCAGAAAAUAAUCUUGACCGAGAUAAUGACCUGCAUCAAAAUAACCAGUUGGUUGACACUUUAGGAGAUAUGGAACUGGAUACCGUUGACAAACCCAUGAAAUUUUCGCGUGAGAACGAAGAAAUAAUCGAACAUGUUAAUAAUAUCGAGGUUGAGAAUUCAGAAAUUUGUAACACCACAGAUAAGAACAUCCGCAUGAAUAACAACGACCAGGAUAAAUUCGGAGAAAGAAAGUCUGAUGUCAAUCGUAAUUCCAACAAUGCCAAAAGAUUUUCGGCACAAGACAGUCAAAACACAGGAAUAGAUGCAUUGGUAAACAAUCUCGCGGACAACACAAACCUUACAGUCGAAGAACCAAGGGAAUAUAUAGAGAAUGCACAAAUGAAUGAGUGCGAAAGAAAUCCUGAUGGUUCUUUGAACGAUAUUAAAUUGAAUAUAGUAAGCAAGGAUACCGUCGAUAAAGAAGACGCGUCGCAUUCCAGCAAGUCUGAAGAGGAUUCAAAAGAUAAUACAAAAAAUUCUGCAGAAUACUCGCAAACGAAGAAAGAAAAUCAACAUAGAAGUAUGAAUUCAGCUAAAGAGAGAGACCUUUUAAAACCUGGUUCAAACGCCGUGAGCACAUCAAACCAGGAUUCACUUCAAAAUCGUAAUAUCCCAACGAAUAAUCCCAUUGAACGAAUGUCUAAAACCAAUCCUCCAAGCGAUAUCAUUUCGGAAUCCGAAGAAUCGGAUCAAACGUCAUCUGAUAUUGAAUAUGAAAGGAAAGGUGAUACAAAAGAGAAUCGUGGAAUUUCGACGGAAUUAAUCAAAAACAAAUAUUCAUUUAAUGACAGAAAGAUGUUAGAAAGCUCUUCCGAAUCAAACAGCGAUGAAAACAAUAUUGUGAAUGCAAACGCGAGUGAUUUUCGUGAAGUUGCAAGUGAAAAAUUAUUGCCCGUGAAGAAAGCUUCCGGCGCGCAAAAAGAGAAAAUACUUAACAAGAAAACUGACAGCGAUACGUCAAGGAAUUUUGAUUCUGUAAAAAGGAAUGCCGAUAACAGAAAGAAAGAGAACUAUAUUUCCAAAAGAUAUUUCUUGGAUUCGGAAGAUUCCGAUGAUGAAUCUCGGCCUAAAUCGGAAGAGAAGUUGAAUAAUAAUGGCGAACAUGCUAUCGACGGUAAAAAAAAGGGUCGGCCUAAAUCGGAAGAGAAGUUGAAUAAUAAUGGCGAACAUGCUAUCGACGGUAAAAAAAAGGGUCGACCUAAAAAAUUACAGUCACAUGAAAAUUCAGAAGUCACCAUCAAAAAAAAGGGUAGGCCUAAAAAACAAAGGAUAGACGAAGGUUCAGAAGUCGGCACAAAAAAGAGAGGUAGACCUAGAAAAUUAGUCCAAAGUGAUGAAGGUCAUAUGAAACAUUCCGAAGUAGUUCUCAAUCAUGAGUUUGAUCAUCUACAGGAAACGAAGUCGGACGAUCCAAAAGUUUUCGAAAAAAAUAUUGAGAAUAUAUCUAAAAAUUCUCGUCCACCUGAAAGCAUUGAUCAUGACGGCAGCAAAAAGCCUGAGGUACCUGAGAUGUCAAAUUCACACGAAAUAAUUGAGGAUCAAGUUAAGCAGCAUUCGAAGGAUAUGACGAAACGAGUUCGCAGAAAGAAGCCACGUAAAAGCAUAAAUGAUCUUUUCGAUAACCCAAAUAUAUAUCCUUCAUUGUAUAGUUUAAAAGAUCACGUAUAA